CAGAGUGCUGUUUCACACAAUGACCUUUGGCAGAGACGUGGAGAUAGAGAAGGAUGGUAGUUGAAAAGGUAACUGCUAACUGAUAAUACUACUACUGACAGGAGUCGACGUGUUUUCGAGCUGACGGCCACGGUUCUUGAAGGCAUAAUGAAGGAGUCUGGAGAUGAAAUGUGACGUUAUGCUGAGAAUUGAUCCUUGGGAAAAGGGACCAGCUCUUGCACAGAAUGAAAGACUCAUAGGUAAAAGUGCAUUCAGUCCAACAGGGUGUUGUGCCUCAGCUGUGAAGGGUCUUUCCUCUAAUCAUGCCCUGAAACCCCUGGUGCCCACCCUCUGUCUGGUGGUGGUGGUGAUAUAUGGCCUUGGUGAUAAACUCCGCAACUUUGUGGCUGGUAUUUUCAUCCCUCAGUACCAUUAUCCCUAUGCAGUCGCCCUGUGUUUUGCCCAGGUUGUCAUCUCUCUGCUGGUCUUAAAUCUCCUCCAUGUCCUGGAUCUGGUUCCUCUGAAGCCUUACUCCAGGCCCCUUGGUGAGAAGGUCCUGGUGCCUUCAAUCAGCUGCAGCAUCCAGUCAGUGCUGACCAUGUGGGCCAAGGACAGCAGCUCCUGUACCGGCCUCUUCCCCCUCCUCAUGCCUCUGCUGCCCCUGCUUACUGCAGCCUUGAGUUACAGCCUGAAGCUAGCACCACCACCAUCUAUUCAUAUCUCUGUUUUAGUUUCCUUCCUGAGCGGGAUAUGUGUUGUCAUCACAGCUUCUCGGGGUCUGUCAGAUAUGGAGCCUCUGGAGUACAUAUAUGCACCUGCGGCUUUAAUCCUGCACAGUCUGUCACUGACUUGGUUGGCAAAAGUGUCUGAGGCUGAGCGCCACCACUCCCCUGACUCCAAAGCCUCCAUUUUUGACAUCUACUACACAGGUCUGGUUAACCAGAGCUGGGUGCUGGGCCUCCUGUGGCUGCUGCACCCACACAGUCCCUGGCAGGUGUUGAGUCGGGGCAGCUGGCACAGCCUGCUGUUCCACGGGUACCUGUUGGCCAUUCUCCUGCUGGGAAUGGUGCUCGACUUCCUCGUUGGUAUAGUGGCUUUGUCCUUCUCACCAGUCGCUGCUGCAACUCUCCACUCAGCAAGGGAACUCGUCCAACCAUUCUUCCAUCUUGUGUAGUUUCCGUCAGGGGCUGUUUAUUUUACUUUUGCACAGUAUAGAUGCAUAUACACAAGUUAUUCCAAUACUGACAGCAACCUGUAACACACUAUGCAUGCUAGAAGAAGCAACAUUAACUAUGCAAAGUUUUACAGUUGGGCUCCAAAGUUUAUGUUACAAUACUCUAACCAGAAAUCAGUAUUCAUUCCUAACACUAAAACAUACUAUUUCCUUGUAAUGCUGUUACUAAUGCAACUUGUUUGAGGCCAAAAAUGAAGCCAUCAAGCACCAAAAACUCCUUCAACACAAUCUAAUGUGACCACAAACAACUGUUCUAUAGUGUACGCACACUACCAUCACAAACCUUUUAAAGAAUAAUACACGAUCCGCACAUUUUAAUGGAAAAGGAAGUUUCUAUAUAAUAUUUACAACACAUUAUUUAAUAAUAUACACAUACACAUUCAAUUUAUAGAGUAUAAUAUGUGAGUGAAUUUCAAUGGAAUUUUUUAAAAUCUAAUUUCUAUUCAUUUAAAUUCACCAAAGAAGAUGUUUGUGGUGCUAGAUAUAGACUUUUGGGCCCAGUCUGUAUUCACUGUAUAGUUUUAACAAUAUUUAAGAGAUUUAAAACUUGAAGUAAUUUGUAAAAGUUGUAUUAGGAUGUUUCUGAAAGGCAACAACGAAACAGGCAGUGGACUCCCUCCAUUUCUAUCAUGUUUAACAGUGUUUAAUAUAUUUCAGCUCCGGAUUACUUUCAUUUAUUUUUAAACAGACGUUUGUGGAUGUUUCCCUUCUAUGACUCUGAUCGGUUAAUGCUUGUUGGAUGAGUAAGGACAAUGAUGAGACAGACGUCAGUGGUGCUAAGAGCUGAUAUGUGAGUGGAGUCCACUUGAAUAUGUGGAUAUUAACAGUAGGUUAUGAUGCAUAUUGGCACGUAUGUUAAAUUAAGGUGGUAUAAUGCGAUAUGCUUAAAAUAAACUCUGAAUGUCAAAUAAAG